CUCUCCACCCGCCUCACACCCUCUGUCCUCCCUUCUGUUUUCCUCGGCAUUUGUCUCUUCAGUCAAGGAGAAACUAAUUGGAGGGAAGAAUUAAGAAGAAGGGAGCUGUUGCAAAACUAAGCGAAUUUUGGUUUCUCGCAGAAUGCCACAGAAAGAUUACAGAAGUCAAACAAGCUGGGAGACCGGAGUUGCCUCCAUGAUGCAAACCAAGGUCCAUGCUGUCUGCAGUGAAGGUCACAGUGGAGUAAACCAGCUUGGAGGUGUGUUUGUGAAUGGGAGACCUUUGCCUGAUUCCACCAGGCAGAAGAUAGUGGAGCUGGCCCACAGUGGAGCUCGACCAUGUGACAUAUCCAGAAUUUUGCAGGUAUCUAAUGGCUGUGUGAGUAAGAUCUUGGGCCGGUAUUACGAGACAGGUUCUAUUCGUCCUCGGGCAAUUGGAGGAAGUAAACCCAGGGUGGCCACUCCAGAAGUUGUAGGCAAAAUUGCUCUGUACAAGAGAGAGUGUCCAUCUAUCUUUGCCUGGGAGAUCAGAGACAGGCUCUUGGCAGAGGAAGCCUGCACUAACGACAAUAUACCUAGUGUUUCCUCAAUAAAUCGAGUACUCAGGAACCUGGCCAGCGAUAAGCUGCAAAUAGUAAACGAGGGGGUGUUUGAAAAGCUAAAGAUGCUCAAUGGACAAGCCACUUGGGGGGGCCGCACUGGGUGGUACCCUGGGUCGACACUCAGUAUCACAGAAGACAUGUGUUCGCAAGCAGAAGGAACGGAAAACACAAUAUCAACUAGUUCCAACAGUGAAGAUUCAGAGGAGACGCAAAUGAGGCUUCACCUGAAGAGGAAACUGCAGAGAAACAGAACAUCAUUCACCCAAGACCAAAUAGACGCACUUGAGAAAGAAUUUGAGAGAACUCACUAUCCUGAUGUGUUUGCCCGAGAACGUCUUGCCAACAAAAUAGACCUACCUGAGGCACGGAUACAGGUUUGGUUUUCCAACAGAAGAGCAAAGUGGAGAAGAGAAGAAAAGUUGAGAAAUCAACGCCGUCAGGUGUCCAAUUCGUCCAACCAUGUUCCCAUCAGCGGCAGUUUUAACACCAGUGUUUACCAAUCUUUACCCCAACCUACUACACCAGUGUCCUUCUCAUCAGGAUCUAUGUUGGGGAGGUCUGACUCAGUUCUGUCCUGCAGCUACAACUACAGUCCCAUGCCACACUUCAGUAUGGCUGCCAGCCUGCCUAUGCAAGCAUCUAGUCAGACGUCUUACUCAUGCAUGCUGCCAACCAGUUCAGGUGUAAAUGGAAGAAGAUAUGAGACCUACACUCCUCCACAUAUGCAGCAGCAUAUGAACAACCAGUCGUUGACCUCCUCUGCCACAUCCACAGGUCUGAUUUCUCCAGGAGUCUCAGUUCCAGUCCAAGUUCCAGGAAAUGAAACAGACAUGUCGCAGUAUUGGCCACGUCUGCAGUGAUGUCAUUGUUUUGCAGCACUUGCUUAAAACUAAGUCCACAACAUUCUCACUUUAGAACUCAAAAGUCAAAAAGGACCCUUCAUUGAGAAUGUUGGGUACGUUGCCGGAGGACUUGUACCGGAAGUAUGAGUAAAAGAUUAGCAACAAUAGAUUUUACUAUGACAUAGGCAUCAACUGCCAUUGCGAAUGUGGUGCGAUGCUUUGACUAAAGUAAAACAAAGACAAUUCUUUGGUAACAAAGACAUACACUAAUUUCCCAAAACAUGUAAAAUAAAUGUGUAUAAAUGUAUAAUAACCAUUUUACAUACAACAUGAAGAAAUGAACUGUAAAUGUGUUUAAUUGGAACAAUUCAUUAGAAAAAGCCUGUAAUGUGUACAGAAUUUCAAAAAUGUGUGAUGUGCUUGGUACUGUAAAUACCCUGACAGGCAUGGAUGAUUUUAAAAUCUGUUUGAGGGCUUGCCAGUUACAAAUCUUAUGUGGAAAUCAUGUGGAAACAUUGUACCAAAUCCACACAGCCUGAAUUGUAAACUCUCUUAUAAAGCUUAAAUUGUGUC